AUGGGGCAAGCCGGGGGCGGUACACAGAACAUUCGGGUUCACCAUUUGACGAAAAAGGCGUGCGAGAUUGUCCAAGGACUGCGCGAUUCGGCUUUUGAGAGGCCACAGCAGCAGAACUCGAAAUGGACGGAAGCCUUAGAGAACGCAUGCGCUCGAUUCUUCUCACCACCAAACCUCGACAAGUUCCUGUCAGCAUUCUGGCUGUUCUGGUACCCCAACUGGCCUGUGUUCCAUCGACCGACCUUUGCAGCCAGCAAGAGGUCUCCGAAGUUAAUCGCUGCAAUGACUCUGAUGGGGGCCUGCUUAACGUCGGAAAAGAGCGACGGCGAACAAGCAAUAACAUGGCUAGAGCGCGUAGAGGAAUGGGUGUUCUCCGGCGAGGAGUUUCGAGAACACCACCCAUUCCCAUACACCGCGGAUAGCUAUGGGCGCGAAGGAUUCGUUUCCCUCAAAUUUCGCUAUAAUGCCUGGAACCUGUUUGCCAUAAAGGAAGAGUGUACCCGCUCUGUACUGUUCGUCUUCCUGCUCGAUUGUGCAUUCAUCAUCUUCAACAACACCACUCCGCGCAUGGUCGUCAGGGAGCUUCAGUACGAUAUCGUAUGUCCAGAUGCAUGUUUCCAUGCAGUCAACCCGGAUGAAUGGCUAAAAUGCAUGGACGAAUGGGCCGAAAAGAGAUCCCUGGGCACGCUCAGUAUAUUCGACUUAAUCGAAGUCAGUCUCAAGGAGGAAUUAAGUCCAGAGGAAUGGCACACACUAGAACAGGCAAAUCUACUCAACCUGUUUGCCAUCGCCAGCGCCUUCCACAAUCUCAUCUUCCAUCAUCACAACGGACCCGAGAGCCAUACCAAAUCCAUGCGGGUCUCCCGAGGUCUACGAAAUUGGGUACGUGUUUGGGGCGAUCGCGACCCCAUCCCAUCCGAAAACGACAACUCCCAGCCAGAUUUGACGAGGGUCGGAUUCAUGCGCUAUGCCAGAGAAUACUGGAGCCUUGCUGUCAUCUUCCAUAACCAGAAUGAGUACAAAGUGAAGCUGGACCUCAGGCGACACGAGGGAACUAUGAGGCAAAGCAAUGAGGAUACAGGCCUCCUGCCAGUUAUGGAUAGCUCAGACAUGGGACCUAUCCACGAGCUCGUUUUCCGGUUGCAGGACGUGGAUUUAAAUGAGGCAUUGAGGUGA